CGUCGACGCGCCUGAACCCGGAGCCGAUCCGUCAGUGACGGAUCCGGGUCCGCUCCGUGUGAGCUCGAAGCUACGCUCACCGGCUUCUCUCCCCCCGUUCCGUCUUCGCGACUGUGAUCGCGAGAGACGAUUCUACGAAUUCGCGCGAAGUUCGCCGGUAACCAGCCUCACCUCGCUGCGAAGCGCCGAUCAUCGUCGCAUCCCUUGGACGUUUUUCAACGGACAGCUCAUCGUACGAAACAUUCAUCGCGGAAUUUCUAUAGUCUGAUUGCAUCGGACGCAUUCGCGACAUUCUCACCGUGUAUUAUAUCACAUUUACGACAUCACGCGGGAAUCCGUCGAAUGCCAUUAAGUGGAAGCUGACCGACCGAGGGCGCCACCGACUCCUCCGCGGAGGCAUCUUACAGAACUGCAACGCGGGUCGCGGACGGGCUACGUCAAUACACUCGACGCGCACUUCCCACGCACCGUGGCGGCUUCUUGCUCACCUCUCACCUGGGACACCUGUCCAUCUCACCUAUCUGUUUAAAACACGCAGCGAAUGCGGAAACGCGUCAGGUUCACGGGAAUCGCGGAUCUCGGGGGGAUUCGCCGUGCACUAACGUCCUCUCGGUGAGUGUCAGCGCAACAGGAAGCUGGAAACCGAGACGGGGAGUCCGGAUGGUAACGGGGACGGUGUGCAGGUCGCUUUCAUCUAUCUCGUGGAAUCGAAAGCUACGUGGAGCAUCGUCCAUUCGCUCCAUUCGUUCGUGCGAUCGUCGUUCCACGCGACAUUCUGCUACAAGCGGGACGAAUAUCGUCGCGGCAUCGCGCGCGCCCGCCCGAGGGACUUCGUAUUUCGCGCCACCGCGCCGCGAGGUAACGCGACUCACCGCUAGAUAGCGGCGGCGUCGAGCGAGCCGGCUGGCGUUCGGAGCGCGUCCCCGAGUGCGUCGACUGCGCCGAGUACGUCUCCUCAGCUUUCUCGUGUGUCACCGUGUCGCGGCGAGUGCUCGCCCGUCGUCUCCACGGGCGCUCGCGCCGUCGUACGCCUUCGGCACGGAAUCCGGACGAAGCGAGUGUUGAGAGUGUCGCACGCGACGACGAGUCGUCGCGGCGUGUGCGAUACGUGCGCGCGUUUACGCCCGUAAAAGCGGUUACGCGAUCGAGGAAGCGUGUGUGAGAGAGAGAGAAAGAGAGAGAGAGAAUAACGGAGAACGGAAAAACGGUCAACGUAGAAGUACGUACACUCUCUCGCUGUUGGGUGCGCGCGCGCGCUCUCGCUCGCUCGGCGGUUGUACGUGCGAACGUGCGUGGAAGUGAGCGAGAGAGGCGGCGGCGGGCCGAGGGAGAGGAGAGGAAAAGUGGGAAGUGUGUCGCGCGCGCGGACGCACCGUCGUCAUCGGCUCGGAGGAAGGUGCCCGGAAGUCGCUUUCUGCUCGCGCGAGUGUAUCUCUCUGAGGAAGAUAGGUGGACACGGAUAGAAAGAGAGAGGGCAAUCGCGCGGGUGGGCGAGGUAUCCCGAUAGAGAAGAAGAAAGAGAGGGAGAGAGAGAGAGAGAAAGAGAUACGACGAAGAGGAGGAAGCAUCGGGUCAAGAAGAAAGAGGUGAUCCAUCAACUCGGGUGCGCGAGUUUCGUAUCCGUGAGACGAGAAACGAGAGCAAACGGUGUGUCUCGUAAGGUGAGGGGGAGGGAGGGAGAGAGACAACGAGGAGGAUUGCGUCGCGAACGAGGAAUGUGAGAAGCCGCCGAGCGGUGCCGUGUAAACACGCAUUUCGACGCGAGGAGAAGCCGAGGCAGCCCACCAGCGUCGCAGCGUUCGAUGUCGUUGGCUCCUUCUCCGUUCCUGUCAUCAGCUUCGUCAUCAUCAUCAUCGUCAUUGUCAUCAAACAUCGACGGUGCUCGCCAGUGAAACGGCAGAAGCAGCUCCUCUACCUCCUCUUAGCCCUCCCAGUCGUAGCUCGGCGACAGCUCGCGAGGUUGCUGUGACAUCGAUCAUCAGCACCGGCACCGCCGACACGCGUAUGUGAAUCCGCAUCACAAAUGACAGUGCAUCGGACUGUGGGUGGACAAGCAGCGAGGUGUUGGCUGAAGUCGUCGUCGUCGUUGUUGUCUUCGUCGUCGUCGGUUUAGCGGACAAAGAGCGGCACGAGAUGCAUCGAAGGGUGGGAUACAAGAACUAUGAUGGCAAGAUCGCCGGGCUCUACGACCUGGAAGAGACCCUCGGCCGCGGUCACUUCGCCGUGGUGAAGCUGGCGCGGCACGUCUUCACCGGAGAGAAGGUGGCAGUGAAGGUCAUCGAGAAGAGCAAACUCGAUGAAGUCUCGAGGGCGCAUCUCUUCCAGGAGGUGCGGUGCAUGAAGCUGGUGCAGCAUCCUAAUGUAGUGCGGCUGUACGAGGUGAUAGACACGCAGACGAAGCUAUACCUAAUUCUAGAACUCGGCGAUGGCGGGGACCUCUACGAUUACAUCAUGCGCCACGAAAGCGGCCUCAGCGAGGAGGUGGCGAGGACUUACUUUCGGCAGAUAGUUCGAGCCAUAUCGUACUGUCAUCGGUUGCACGUGGUGCACCGGGAUCUGAAGCCCGAGAACGUGGUAUUCUUCGAGAAGCUCGGCACGGUGAAGCUCACGGACUUCGGAUUCAGCAAUCGAUUCUGCCCGGGCCAGAAGCUCGAGACGUCGUGCGGCUCGUUAGCUUACUCCGCCCCGGAGAUACUUCUGGGCGAUAGUUACGACGCGCCUGCAGUAGAUGUUUGGUCGUUAGGUGUGAUCCUGUACAUGUUAGUAUGCGGCCAAGCGCCCUUUCAAGAGGCGAACGACAGCGAGACGCUGACGAUGAUCAUGGAUUGCAAGUACUCGAUCCCGGCGCACGUGUCCGAAGACUGUAAGCGGCUGAUCGCGAAGAUGCUCGUGCGGGAACCCGAGGGCAGGGCCUCCCUCGAGGAGAUCGCGGCGGAUCCGUGGUUGGCGAUCGGCUCGGAUUCCGACACCAUGGAGACGUUGCCGCUGGUGUCGCGUCAGCAGGUCUCCGACGACCAUCACAAUCACAUAAUUGCCAAAAUGGUGAAAGGUGAAAUCGCCACCAAGGAGGAGAUUUUGGACGCGCUCGACAAGAAUGAAUACAACCACAUCACCGCGACGUAUUUUCUACUAGCGGAGAGGAAGUUGCGCGCUCAUCGACAAGAGCAGAUGCAGAAGGCUCGGCCGGAAAAUCUAGACGUCUCCCCGAGUCGGCAAGAUGACUUGACGUCGAACUUGCGUACGGAUCAGAACUCUUUGGGCACCGUGAACCAGUCGCUACUGAGCGUACCACGGACGCCCGGUGACGUACCGCAGAACGUACGUACGCGAAAGUGCAGUAUCGUCCAGGAAGAGGAAGACGAGGACGACGUGUCCUCGUGUUCCGGCCGGGACGAGCGCGGCAGUAACUCGGCGUUGAACUCCUUCAACCGCCGCGGCUCUCGUUCCGAGGGCAAGCUCUCGCAUAUCCUGCAGGAGAAGCUAUCGCAGUUGCCGGAGAAGCACAGCGGAAUGAAACCUGCCGUGCCGGUUCAACGGCAUCCGCAGAAGGAGGAGACCGCCGUAAUCUCCGACCGAGGGGAGAGACUGAAGCAGAGCGCGAGAAACGAGAAAGACAACAAGACGUCGUCUCCAGCGCAUCCGAAGAGCAAGAUCAAGACGGGCGAGGUUCUCUUGGAGGAACUGCCCACGCCAUGGAUCACGUCGACGCGCGAAGAGAAUCUGAAGAACCUACUGAGCGACGCGAACACUCAGCCGACCGGGUGGUCCAGGAAGGCCACCACCGGCGCGGAAGUCCGGCCGAAAUUAGCAACGGAGUGUCUGAAGUCGACGAACAAGUGGAAGCCAAGCGCGCAGCAUCAUCGACCCAGCCUGCCACCCACGGAAUUGUCCGCGCCGGCGAACCCCUCGAAACCGUCCGCAGCAGCCACGACGACGACCACUACGAUUCUGCUGGAAUCGUCGACGGUGUCGAUACCCCUCCGGCCGAUCGGCGACAACCAGUUGACGCUGAUACCCAAGUACAAGACCAUGCCGUCGCCCAGCGGCGCGAACUCGCCGCAGCUGACGCUGAACGAGAUCCUGGAGGACGGGGACGGCAUGCAGAUGCAGGCGGGCGAAUGCGGCGGCUCUACGGCGGCGGGCAAGUGCCGCGUGGUCAGGCGGACGACGUACGAGCAGCGUCGCAGCAAGUUCCACAAGACGCGCACGACCUCGUGCUCCAGCUCGGACGCCAGCGACGACGACAGCGAGAGCAGGAAGAAGCGCGCGCACAAGCUCGGCGGCGCGUCCACGGGCAAGUCCCUGCCGCCGAGGCGCGACAGCCACGACGACUCGAGCGACUCGCAGGAUCCCGGCGGGAGCGGCGGCAGGGGCGGCGUCGGCGGCGGCGGCGGUAGCGGCGUGAGCAACGGCGAGCACACCGACGCGCCGACGACGACGACCGAGAGCAGUCGGAGCGACGGCGGCAGCGGCACCAACACGACCACCACGACGACCGGCGGCAGGCACCGGUGCACCGAGAACCAGACGAUGUUCGGCAGGAGGCAUCGCGCGGGUCGAAGGAGAGCCGGCGAGACGCGGCUGCGCGAGAGCCAAUCGCUGAACCGCAUCACCGAGGUCCAAGAGGCCGAGGCGCCCUGUUACAAUCACUGUCACGUGUCGCGUAGCCCGGCGGUCCUCGGCGCGCAGACCAACCUAGCCUCGCCGUCCUCCUCGUCCUCGGUGUCGCAGAGCAGCGCAGCUUCCCACGGCGCGUCAGCCGCCGCUCAGCCGGUCUCUCAGGUGACGACCACGGUGCAGAAGGCGAAGGGUCUGGGGGCGAGGCUGCUGCAGAGCUGGUCGCUCGGUAAGACGCAGCAGCAGCCCUCGAAACACUCGUCGUCCGACGGGAAGAACAGUUGCCAACGGCAACCGGACGACUGCCGGACGACGGCCGACGACCGUCGGCCGGCGGUGUGCAACGACAAGGAGAACCGCAACGCGCCGAUCAACCGGAACGAGUGCAAGAGCAGCAGCCGGAAGAUACGGCUGCUCAGCCGCUACUUCGCCGUGCACAAGAAGCUCUGCGUGCCGUUGCCGGGCAUCUUCGGCAAGGGCCGGCUCUACAAGGCGCGCUCGUGCGGCAGCAUCACCCGCGACCGCGUCAGCCCGCCCUCGCCCAAGUCGAUGCUGCUGUGCCCGCCGGCGGAGGACAAAUGGCGGGAACGCCGGCAAUGGUGCGACGCGAAGCAGCACCGCGGCAGCGACGGCGACAUCAAUCAGAACCUCGGCCUGGCGCACCUCGUGCAGGAGAGCAUCGUCGGCAAAGGCUGCGCCGCCGGCGUGCCGACGGUCUGCCACAUUCACCUCGGGGACGCUUCUAAGUGCUGCAGCCUUUGUUGAUGAAACGCUCAGCCGAGGAAGCGCGCGCGUCAAUGAAUGAGACACGAGAGAGGCACGCGUGAGCGUUGAACGUUAGGUAAGAAGGAGAAUCGUUUCCGGUGCCAGUGAGACGUGGUGAGACGAUGUGUAUACGCCGCCUGCGCGCGUGUAGAGCUUCUUUCCGCGAUGAACCGUUUCGUUCGUUGUCUAUCAUUUCUAACGAAAUAGUAUAUAUCGAGAGGAGAGAGAACGAGCGAGUGAGCGAGAGGAAGAAGGAUGCGUAUUCCUCGCGACCUCGAUGCGCGGUCGAGAGAGAUCUGAUUCUUAUGUUUCUCUUCUUUUUGGAGAAGCCGCGACCGAAAGCGUCUCUCGUUGCUGACGAGAUUAUACUCUUGAGCGCGCGAGGUCGCGUCCGCGUAGAAACAACCAGCCUCCGUGUGCUCCGUGAGCAAUAUAUAGCGUAUAAUGUGCCGAUAAUUAAGGCGUUUCGAAGGAAGAAGACUCCGGUGUCUUGGUUUUCUCUCUCUUUAUUUUUUCGUUCUUUUUUCACCGAUAGCGCCGAGAUCUACGUGGAAUUCGGGACAUGUUGACGCACACACGCGGCAACAGCUAUCGCCCACGAUAUCUUAAUAGAUAUAUGGCUCCGGCCUGCCAUCGAUGUAUUCGACUGAUCACAUCAUAUCCCCGUUGUCAACGAUCGAGCAGACAGGGAUCAAGGCGAGAUUAAGACGGAGGUGGGAAGAAAGAGAGCAAAAGGAGCGCGCGCGUCCGUCGCUCCGAGAGAAGGUGUAUCUAGUCCAUAUGAACAAACCUGUAUUAAAUAUUGCAGAGUUUAUUGAUGAUUAUUAUAUAUUAAUUAUAUAUUAUUAUAUUACCACUA